UCUGAAACAUCAAUUUCCAGGUCUCUGAAGAAUGGGACAGCAACAGGAGUGGAUGUCCUGUGUACUUUUCAGGAAGAUUCCUCCAACCCUGUCCUGAACAAAGAGAAGGUUUACUGGGAGCUAACUGAACAGAUUCAAAGAAGAAGGCUAAAACAUGUGCUUAUAGAGAGGGACAGCCUCUUUGUGGAUGGGUAUCAUCAUAAGCAACCAGGCAUCAUAUCCACAAAGAAGAGUGAGAUUGCUGUAGGACCUGUCACCCAUAUCCCAGACCAUGGAGCACCAGGAGACAUGACAUCAGUGACUAGCAGCCUCUAUGAAUCCACAGUAGGUGCCAUUGCAGCAGGGAGCUCCUACUCCAAGACAUUCACCCUCAACUUUACCAUCACCAACAUGUUUUAUACACCAGACAUGGGUGAAAGGGGCUCCAACACAUUUAAGGCUGCUGAGAAUGUCCUGCAAGUUCUGCUGAAGUUCUUAUUUGGAAUGAGCAACCUUGGCUCUCACUAUUCUGCAUGCAGUGUGAACUUGCUGAGGUCUCUGAAGAAUGGGACAGCAACAGGAGUGGAUGUCCUGUGUACUUUUCAGGAAGAUUCCUCCAACCCUGUCCUGAACAAAGAGAAGGUUUACUGGGAGCUAACUGAACAGAUUCAAAGAAGAAGGCUAAAACAUGUGCUUAUAGAGAGGGACAGCCUCUUUGUGGAUGGGUAUCACCAUAAGCAACCAGGCAUCAUAUCCACAAAGAAGAGUGAGAUUGCUGUAGGACCCGUCACCCUUAUCCCAGACUAUGGAGCACCAGGAGAUAUGACAUCAGUGACUACUGGCCUCCUGACCUAUGAAUCCACAAUAGGUGCCAUUGCAUCAGAGAGCUCCUACUUGAAGGUUUUCAACCUCAAAUUCACCAUCCUCAACCUGUUCUACACAACAGACAUGGGUCAAAGGGGCUCCAGCAAAUUCAACUCCAUUGAGGAUGUCCUGCAACCUCUGAUCAACAACUUGUUUAGAAAAAGCAGCUUUGGCCCUCACUAUUUUGGAUGCAGGCUGACUUUGUUAAGGUCUAUGAAGAAUAGGAUAGCAACAGCAGUGGAUGUCGAAUGUGCUUAUCAGGAAGAUUCCUCCGCCCCUGUCCUGGACCGAGAGAAGAUUUACUGGGAGCUGAGUGAACAGACCCAUGGAAAAACAAGGCUGGGACCCUACAUUCUACAUAAGGAAAGCCUUUAUGUGGAUGGGUAUACCCAUCAGAUACCAACCACCACCACAAACACCUGGAGACCCAGUCUAGAGGCUUUCACCCUGAACUUCACCAUCACCAACCUGCUGUACACAGAAGACAUGGGGCAGAAGGAUUCCAUCAAAUUCAAGUCCACUGAAAAGAUUCUUCAGAAUAUGCUUGGCCCUUUGUUUGAGAACAGCAGCCUUGGUUCCAGUUAUUCCAGGUGCAAACUGACUUUCCUAAGACCUCUGAAGAAUCUGACAGUGACUGAAGUAGGUGUCAUCUGCUUCUAUCAGAGUGAUUCCACUGGUCCCUUCCUGGAUAGAGAGAGGGUUUACUGGGAAUUCAGCAAUCAGACUGGGGGCAUCACUAGACUGGGGCCCUAUACACUCGACAGGGACAGUCUCUACCUCAAUGGUUAUAACCAUGACUUACAAUCUUCCACCUCUACUCCUAUCCAGACCACAAUCCCUUCAAGAAUUUCCUCAGCUCCUUCACUACUGACCAAUUCCUCAGCAUCUGGCAGGUUUAGCCUGGAGUCUUUUACCCUGAACUUCACAAUCACCAACUUGCUCUGCACAGCAGACAUGGGACGGCCAGGUUCCCAAAAGUUCAACGCCACUGAAAGAGUCCUACAGCGCCUGCUCAGCCCCUUGCUUGAAAACAGUAGCCUUGGCUCUGACUAUUCUGGAUGCAGGCUGACCAUGCUGAGGCCCAUACAGAAUGGGACAGCAACCGAAUUCCUGUGUGGCCACUGGAAAACUCCCACCACCCCUAGCCUGGACAGGAUGAAGAUUUACUGGGAGCUGAGCAAUCAGACCCAAGGUAUCACCAGGCUGGGUGCCUAUACCCUGGACAAUAAGAGCCUCUAUCUCGAUGGAUACAGCUAUCAGAUGAAUCUUUCCUCCUCCACAAGUGCUGGAGGUCCCAACUUUGAGCCUUUCACACUGAAGUUCACCAUCACCAACAUGAGGUACACAGCAGACAUGGGGGAAAGGGGCUCCAGCAUAUUCAUCUCCACUGAGAGAGUGCUGCAGCGCCUGCUCAGUUCCUUGUUUGAAAAGAGCAGCCUUGGCUCUCAGGAUUUUGCAAGCAAAUUGACCUUACUGAGGCCUAUGAAGGAGGGAAGAGCAACCCUAGUUCAUUUCACUUGCAUCCAUCGGAGAGAUCCUGCCAGCCCUGUCCUAGAUAGAGAAAAAAUUUACUGCGAGUUGAGCUAUCUGACCUGGAGCAUCACCAGGCUGGGCCCCUACACAUUAGAGAAGGAUAGCCUCUACCUCAAUGGUUACAAUCAUUUGGCCGUGGCCCCAACCAAAAUGCGUGAGUGUCUCUAUUGGAAAGGGAAUAGUUACUUCAUUUUACCCUUCAUCUUCAAGACUGAUUGGAUUUCCUGGUGAUAAUGACAAUAAUACCAUUCAUAUAUUAUUUAAUAUGUUAUUUCAUUUGAUCCUCAAUAAAACCCUGGGAGGUGGGUGUUAUUGAUUUCUGAAUUUUCCAUAUGAGGAAACUGAGACCGAGAGACAUUAAUUUCAGCUAGCAAGUACAGGAGGCAAAGUUCAAACUCAGGUCUUCCAAACUCCCAAAUCCAGCACCCAAUUUACUCUGCUCUCCUUAAUUUCAAGCCUCUCAUUCUCUUUGAGCCCCAGUUUUCCUCAUCUGGAGAAGGAAGGAAUUGUAUUAAACAGCCACUGAGGUCUAUUUCAGCUCUAUAUUUAUGACCCUAACCUUCCUAUUAAGCCAGGAGAAUAAGGAGAGCAUGUAGUUUCCUAAAGAUCGGAGCAGAAAAAGAGUGGAUUGUUUCAUACACUUAGUGUCUCUUUUUCUCAUUCUCUUUUUCCCAUGCUGAAAGCUUCCUAUUCUCUCAUAGGAUUUCAGAGAUGUCUCUCCUCCAUGGAACAGAUCUGUCUCCCAAGUGACCAGGUCCAACAAAUGGGAUUCUGUUUCAUUGGGUCAUUCACCCCGAACUUUACUUUUCUCUUUUGCCACGUUGGGCUCACUCUCCCAUGUUGUCCACUUUUUGGAUUCCGGGUUAUAAUGAAUGAAGUCCAGUCCUACGCAGUGUUAAUAAGUAUGUUCAUACUCAUUUGAAUCCUGGGUUCAUUCCCCUAUUUGACAAGUGGAGUUAGGCCCCAAUGUGACUGUGUGAGCUAGUCAAAGACCUUAUUAUCCAAGCCCCUGAUCCUGAAUGACAUCCUGCAGAAGUGAUGAGGAAGGAAUCCAAGAAGUGGCCUUCGCAGCUUUGGGGAAGUAGUGAGAAAGACUUCGGACACAGCAGGAAGCCUUUUAAUGGAUGUUAAAUGACCACUUUUCUAGGAUGUUCUUCAGCCACAUGUGUUUUGAGCAGCCUUACAGCUUUGAAAUUAUACAAUUUGGUGAUUCUGUGAAGAAAAGACUCUAGUUAAGGAAAGGGGACUCCAGAUCUUUCUAGACCCUCUUGCCUCAGAGCCAUGGCCUUUUGCUCUAAUAUUUCCUCUUCUUUUACUAUAAAUUGGAUGGAGAUGACAAGAUAAACUAUCUUCAAAGUCAGUAAAUUACUCAACAAACAUGUGUUAAGCUCCAACUAUGUAUCAGCUACUCUGUCAGGUGAUGGGGGUGUAGAGUCAAAAUGAAAGGAAGCAAUCCUUUCUCUAAAAGCAUUCACAUUUUAUUGUGAGGGAUGACAUCUAUAUGAGCAUUGAUGGGUGUGUAUGAUACACACACUUAUGUAGCCCAAAUUCAAAAGUCAAUUCAAGGUUGAUGGAAGAGUGUUAGCAGUUGGUAAUAAUCAGAAAGGAAUCCCUUGCAAGGUGGUCUUGAAGGAAGAAAGAGAGAUUCUAUUGAAGAGGUGAGGAGCAGUGCAUUCUAGGCAUGAGUUGGGGUCAAUGAAAAACAAUGGAGAUGAGAAAUAUAGUACCCUAUGUGAGGAACAGAGAGAGUCUUGUUUGGCUAGACCAUAGGGUGUGGGAAGGAGAAUAGGGCAUCACAAGGCAAAAGGUGGUCGUUUAGGGCCAAGUUGCUAAGGGUGCAAAAAUGAUUCUGGAGUCAGCAAAUCUGGGAUCAAAUCCUGCCUCUGACAUUUAUGACCACUGUGGCCUUAGGCAAGUCAUGAGAACUCUCUAGGUCUCCAUUUCCUCUUCUAUAACAUGAGGAUG